UUUGUGUUCAUUUUGCUUUGCGCUCUUUUCUUUUUGACUUUUUUGUUUCUCAGAAGCAUUUUCAGCCUUCUUUGCUUUCCAUUCACCACAUCAGCUUUUCUCUCCCUCCGCUCUUCCCCCCCCCCUUUUUUUGACCCUUCGGAUCGAGCAAGUCGGCGAAGGGCAGUGCACUACACCAUUCGAAUUAGCAAACGAAAAAGCAAACAACCUUCCUAGCGCGCUUCAGCGUACAAACACAAAGCAAUGGUUGCAAUUGCUGGCGCGCACUUGUCACCUCUCGCGUCAUCGGCAACGUCUGUCGCACCCACGACUUCCACCAGCAUCAGCAGCAACAAUUCAACCAGCACCCCAAAGCGUUCAGCGAUGGCCAAUGCGGGCCGAAACAACACGCACAACAACAGCAGCGGCAAGAAGCACGGAGAAAAGCCUGCAAGCAAGCGCAGCAACGCGAACGUCACCCCGAGCAUCGCAGCCAUCAACACCCAUCCUGCGUCCGCACCACCAGCAUCGGCGCUGGCUGCGUCGCCAUUGUGCGAUCUGACAGCGAGCGAGCAAGCAACGGCGGCGGCGGCGGCGGGAGGUGGUUUUGCGUCGGCUUCGGCCGGUGCGGUUUCGGAGGCUGGGAAAGAAAGCCAAUCGGCGACGCUGGCUCCGAGCAGCGUUCCACGCGUGGCUGCGACCCUGUCGCCUGCGCACUCGGACGCCAGCGACGAUGACGACGAUACGUCCAACGCAGCAUGCGGAUCUGUGGCCAAGGUGGCUGCGAUCUCGCCUGCGGCAGCUUCGACUGGCUCGUCCAACCAACAAAUAGCGGUCACCAUUUUCACGCCGCCAUCGCCGCCAAACUCGCCGCGUCGCAGCAGCAGCAGCACCAGCAGCACCAGCAUCCGCCAACGCGCCAUGCUCACGCAAACCUCCGCUCCGGCUGGGGUGGAUGGUGCGCUUGUUCACGAUGCAACCUCUGCUGCAUCCGCAUGUUCCUCCGCUGCUGCUGCUACUGCGGAACAAAGUGCGGAAAAUCGUCGCCAUCAUGCGUCCCAUCCUCCGUCCUUUGCGUUCGCACUUCCGCUUCCCUCCUCCUCUUCGCCCUCUUUUCCCUCUGCCUCUGCCUCUGCCUCUGCCUCUGUGCCGUUGACUCUGAGUAUUAAUUCCAACACAGCUGCGGCAAUGGCGAAGGGCGGUGGAGCGAAUGUCCCAUUCAGUCCGUUUUCGGAUGCAACCACAACGAAAAUCACGUCGCAAAGUUUCGACGCUUUGCUUGGCAUCCCGACCAGCACUUCUUCUUCUGUUUCUUUGUCUUCGCCCUCAUUGUCGCUGCAGCAGCAUCAGACAUAUCAGCAAUUUUAUCAGACAUAUCAGCAACAGCAGCAACUCCCUUUGUGGCAAUCCCAACCGCAACAGCAGCAGCAGCAGCAACAGCAAUGGCAACAGUCAGCCGAUGCAAAGCAAACCGAGCCGUCGCUCAAAGUUUCCCCAAGCCAAGAAUUCGCCGCUUUUUCAGCUCAAUCCUCUUUUUCUCCUGUCACUCGCUCUUCCUCUUCUUCCUCUUCUUCUCUGUGUUCUUCUUCUUCUUCUUCGUCCUGUGCUGCUUUGCCUGGGUUGCCGGCAUUGUCUGAUUCCGCCUCAGCCUCAUCCUUGUUGCAAUCGCAUCGCAAAUCCGUCUCCUUGUCGCCCUCCUCUUCUUCUUCUUCUUUCCCACCAGCCCCCAUUUCUUCCGCUGCUUGCACCGCUCUUCCCUCUUCGUCUGGCUUGAACGCACCCAUGGCGAUGACAUCCAAUCCCUAUCAGCACCAGCCUUUCGCUUCGACCUCGGCUUACGUGGGCGGCUCCGCGUCUGGCGCCACGAUGACCUCGGCAGACCAGUGGGACAGCUCGUUUCCCAUCUUUGCGCGCGCCACCUUGCUCGACUCCAAUUUCGUCCCGCAAAAAACCAACAUUUUCCUGGACGACGACGACGAUGAUGAUGACGAUGGGCCUUCGUCGGGGCUGAACAGCAGCAGAAGCAGCAGCGACGAGCAUCUCGAUGACGAAGCGCUGCUGAUUUCGGCUUCUUCGCCGCCUCGGCAACUCCACUUUGACCCGUUCGCCCUCUCGUCGACAUGGAGCACCGGCGCCCCCGCUAAUAUCGCAGCAUCCCUCGCAGCGCGCAUCCAACCCAACUCCAACCCUGGCAGCAGCAGCAGCAGUAGUGGCUGGGCGAGCCCAACAACAGCGCUCGAUUCUGCCCUGUGGCACGCGACCACGACCACGGCCCAACAACGCCUUGCUGGCAGCCUGUUCCCGCAGCACCAGCCACCUCAGCAGUCCUUCUACACCCAGCAGCAGCAGCAGCAUAUUGGACUGGUUCAGCACCAGCAGCAGCAGCAGCUCCUUCUCCAGCAACAACAGCUGCUGCAGUUGCAGCAAUUGCAGCAGCAACAACAAGCCGCGAUUGCACGAAUUGCGCCUGUUCACCGACCGCAGCGCGCGCAAGCAAAGCAGCAGCAGCCUCAGGCGCAACUGCAGCAACAGCAACUGCAACAGCAACAUCAAUACAUCCAAGCCUUCCAGCCGCAGCAACAGCAGCAACAUGUGGCGUCGCUUCUCGCACCGCUCGUCCAACAGCCUCCUCCUCCGCAGUCUCAGCCACACCGCCACGCACACCCCGCCGCCUCCGCUGGCGCCAUGGGGGGUGUCGGGACGCCUCGUUGGGUCAAGCGCAACAUGCAUGCUCCGGAUGUCAACCCCCGCGCCCGUCACGAGGCUGGCAACUGCAAGGUGUGCAAGUUCUGGCUUCAGGGCGACUGUCUGUCCCACCCGUGCACGUACUGCCACGACCCGUCGCACCUGGUUGAAAACGGCGGCGCACACACCCGUGCUCGCAGCAGCAGCAGCAGCAGCAGUGCCCAAGUUACCAACAGCAACAGCAACGGCAACAUCGGCAGCAGUGGCAGCGGUACUGCGUCGCCCGUCAUGUCCAAUCUGGCAGACCACCACCACCACCACCACUCUCCCUCUGCUCUGGACUUGUUUGAUGCCACUGCUGUCGAGUCUCCUGUGCUCUCUACCAGCUACGAUGACUGUGGACAGAUGAUGCGGUGCACUCGAUGCAAAACCCGCCCGGUCCAGUACUUGCUCCGAUGCGGCCAUUCUGGCUGCGGCAACUGCCUCAUGCCGUCUGGCCCUGCGCCCUUUGCCCAUCUCUCAUGCUUUACCUGCAACAAAACCUUUCCAAAGCAAAGCGCUUCGCGUCUUGUGAGUAUGUAACUGGGUCGGUUUUAAAAUGUUUCCUCUUUUUUUUUUUUCUUUUUCUUUUCCCCCUUCUUCUCCUUUCCUGAUCUCUGCUGCUAGGUGUUCGCACCACCUACAUGCGCUUCUGUCAAUUCCUUCAUCAGUCUCUGUCUCUUUUGCGCUUUUGCUCGCUCGCCGUGCAACCUUCUCGUAAUUAAUACAGUUAUGAAACAUGAG